AUGGCUAAAAAGUUGAGCAUGAUGUUGAUAAUGAUGAUGAUAAUAACGAUGAUUGUGAUCGGAGGUGAAGCAAAAUCAGAGGUGGAAUGCAGUGUGAUUUGCAGUCCCCAUUGCCAAAGCUCAUCAUCAGCAGGAGAGUGUUCUGAUUGUCACAAAAACUGUAAUCAAUCUCCACCUUCUGUGAGAACAAAGAUUCUAAAGAACCGAAACACUUAUAAAAAAAUAUGA